AUGUCCGAACUGCGUGGCUCUUCUCCUCUGUCGCGAGGUGCUCUUGACGGUGGCUUUGGAGCACCUUUGGCUGCGUUGAGCUCUUUAGCGGAGGCACCUCCACCAGCGCCCAAUCCUCACGGGAUCGAUCAUAUAUUAUCGAGGCCAACAGUUGGGACAAAUGUUGGUGCUGGCUUGUUGACACCGAGGCUAUCUCUUGCGGCGGCGGCGGCAGGCAUGGCGCAUUACUUGCAGCACAAGCCUCUUUACUGGCCAGGUUUUCAGGGAUUGGUGUCAAAUCCCAUGGCGUGGAGGGAUCGGCUACAGUCAAUGAGCAAUGGGGCACUCAGUGCAUGUGCCGCUCAAGCCGGGGCCAUGGACAAGGACGGAAAAAAGAAACACACACGACCCACCUUCAGCGGGCAGCAGAUCUUCGCGCUGGAGAAGACCUUCGAACAAACGAAAUACCUCGCCGGACCUGAGAGGGCCAAGCUCGCGUACGCGCUCGGCAUGACCGAGUCACAAGUCAAGGCUCAAGCAAGCGAGUUUAUUGGUAGAGGUGAAAUGUAG